GCUGACAUUGCUUUGAUUGGACUGGCUGUGAUGGGUCAAAACCUUAUUUUGAACAUGAACGACCAUGGCUUCGUGGUUUGUGCUUUUAACAGGACCGUUUCCAAAGUGGAUGACUUUCUGGCCAAUGAGGCCAAGGGAACCAAAGUGAUUGGUGCUCACAGCCUGGAAGAGAUGGUCUCUAAGUUAAAGAAGCCCCGUCGCAUUAUCUUGCUGGUGAAGGCUGGAAAUGCAGUGGAUGACUUCAUCAAUAAAUUGGUGCCGUUGUUGGAGACUGGAGACAUCAUAAUUGAUGGUGGGAAUUCUGAGUAUAGAGAUACCACGAGACGUUGUAAGGAACUAAAGGAAAAGGGCAUCUUAUUUGUCGGAAGCGGUGUUAGUGGUGGAGAGGAGGGUGCCAGAUAUGGUCCUUCACUCAUGCCAGGAGGAGCCAAAGAAGCCUGGCCCCACAUCAAGACCAUAUUUCAAAGCAUUGCUGCUAAAGUGGGAUCUGGGGAACCUUGUUGUGACUGGGUAGGAGAUGAGGGCGCUGGACACUUUGUGAAGAUGGUGCACAAUGGGAUUGAAUAUGGAGACAUGCAGCUGAUCUGUGAGGCCUAUCACCUGAUGAAAGAUGUGGUGGGCAUGGAGCAUGAUGAGAUGUCAAAGGUAUUUCAGGAAUGGAAUAAGACAGAGUUGGACUCUUUCCUGAUUGAAAUCACAGCCAAUAUUCUCAAAUUCAAAGACAGUGAUGGCAAAUAUCUCCUCCCAAAGAUAAAGGACAGCGCAGGACAAAAAGGCACAGGAAAGUGGACAGCCAUUUCUGCCCUGGAAUAUGGAGUUCCUGUCACACUCAUAGGUGAAGCUGUGUUUGCACGGUGCCUGUCUUCUCUCAAGGAUGAGAGAGUACAGGCCAGUAAGCUGCUGGAUGGGCCUAAAAUGACUCAAUUCGGUGGGAACAAGAAGGCCUUUCUGGAGGACAUACGCAAGGCCCUGUAUGCUUCCAAGAUUAUCUCAUAUGCUCAAGGCUUCAUGCUGCUGAGACAAGCAGCCAAAGAAUUUGGCUGGACACUGAAUUACGGUGGCAUUGCGCUGAUGUGGAGGGGAGGCUGCAUCAUCAGAAGUGUGUUCCUGGGAAAAAUCAAAGAUGCUUUUGAUCGAAACCCUGAGCUCCAGAAUUUGCUGUUGGAUGAUUUCUUUAAGACAGCUGUUGAAAACUGUCAGGACUCCUGGCGACGUGUAAUCAGUACUGGAGUACAGAUUGGUAUCCCUAUGCCCUGCUUCACUACAGCACUUUCUUUUUAUGAUGGAUACAGGCAUGAAAUAUUACCAGCUAACCUGAUUCAGGCUCAGCGUGAUUACUUUGGUGCACAUACAUAUGAAUUAUUGUCGAAGCCAGGUGAAUUUAUCCAUACUAAUUGGACAGGCCAUGGAGGAAAUGUGUCCUCUUCUGCCUACAAUGUCUAAUGGAAAUAUUUCCUCUUGCAGCCAAGAUACUGUAGAUCUCAGAUAUUCCUCCUAGAAUACCACUUUUUACUGUAUUGUGCUAGAACUUGUGUUUGGACACUUUUGUAAUAACUUGUGGGUAUAUUUCAUAUAUAUAUGUCAAUAUAUAUAUCAUAUAAGAAAGCUAAAUAAAUUUGCUUAUAAAUG